AUGGGAGCAUGGGCUAUGGUGUGUGGAGUCUCACUGAUUUGGGUGCUGGACCUAGGUCAUCAGAGCCUGGUUGAGGAGCCUAGCUGUGGCCCUGGCAGCUUCCAGCGUGGGACUGGCAACAACACACGGUGUUGCAAUCGGUGUGCUCCAGGUAAGGAGACCUGUCCUGAAGGAGAUUGUAUAUGUGUCAUGCCGGAGUACCACUGUGAAGACCCUCAGUGCAAGACCUGUAAGCACUACCCCUGCCAACCAGGCCAGAAGGUGCAGCCUCAUGGGAAUAUUAAGUUUGGCUUCGAGUGUGUUGACUGUGCCAUGGGCACCUUCUCCGCAGGCCGUGAGGGCCGCUGCAGACCUUGGGCCGACUGUACCCAGUUUGGAUUUCUCACCAUAUUCCCUGGGAACAAGACUCACAAUGCUGUGUGCAUUCCGGAACCACUGCCCACUGAACGACAUGGUCAUUUGGCUGUCAUCCUUCUGGCCACGACUGUUUGCAUUCUCUUCUUAAUCAUAGUCCAGCUCUGCUUGCACAUAUGGCAGCUGAGGAGGCAGCACAUAUAUCUCCGAGAGACGCAGCCACUCUUGGAGGUGCAGUUUCCACCAGCUGAGGAUGCUUGCAGCUUUCAGUUCCCCGAGGAGGAGCGUGGGGAGCAAACGGAGGAAAAGAAUCGUCUGGGAGACCGGUGGCCAUGAGGGCUCU